AUGCAGGAUCCCGCCGACGCCGCUAUGCCGAUGCGGUGUAUGAAAUGUUGCAACUUGCAAGAGUCUCUGCUGUUCACCCGGGUCGUUGACAUACGUCUCGCGGGGAAGAAGGGCAAACGAGUGCUCUUUAUGGCACCCGGCCCCUGUGCUCAAACGCAGUAUCCCAGAGAAUGCAACCUUCGGCUCCUGUCUGUCAGGCUUCAAGUUGCACAGAAAGAGCGGGACGGGUCGGUCCAAGACUUCAUCAGUACAAACACCGAGGUGAAUGCGGGCAUUUACCGUCCAGAUCUGAACAAAUUGUGUACCAGCGCGUGGUUCUAG